AUGGGUAGAGUGAUGGUAGCCAGGCUGGGACUGGGGCUGCUGCUUCUGGCAUUGCUCCUACCCACGCAGAUUUAUUCACAUACCACAACUUCUGUAAUUACUGCAAGUAAUUCUACCCAGACUACCUUGACAGCCCCAAAUCCAACUAAAACCGCUACGGCAAGUGCUGGUGCCCUGAAGUCCACAGCCAGUCUCUUCGUGAUCUCGUUCUCCCUCCUACGUCUCUACUGUUAA